AUGUCAUUCUUCUCAGCGCUCUGUGGCUGUUUGGCCCGAGAUGCACAGGACGAGAAAUAUCAUGCAUCCCCCCAAACAACGACCCAAGGACUCAAUCCCACUGGCACCCAGACUGGGAGCUUCACAGUCUCUGGGGAAGGCGAAUUCAUCCGCUCAGCCCCAACGGGUGGCCAUGGGCACGGUCCCUCGCACUCUGACUCGCAGGAUGGGGGCUAUUCUAGCGUGGUGCCACUCCCGCAGUACACAGCCCGUCCUAUGAGUCUCCACGAGAAGACUCUAGAAGCUCACAUGCGUGACCCAUCCGUAUCGUCAGAGUCACAGAACUCUUAUCCGCAAGACGAGAAGAACGCCGAUCAUCACGAUGAAGAAGUCACCUCCGACAGCUCAUCGGCUAUCUCUUUUCCAAGCAGCUACGGUAAUACUUCCACUGCAACGAGAGAGACGCCACCACCGCCGUAUUCUCCUCGUCAUUCUGCAAUGCUAUGUCGGUCCCGGUCUAUGUCCAUCUCGUCCGCUAUGGCGGUCAUUAUUAAUCCACCACCCGCUGCGCGGGUGAACGGAUCCCGGACUGGGCCUACAUACUCCGAGGAGGAUGAUCGGUCUAUUCGUCGGCAUCGACGAGUCUCUUGGGAGAGCCAAUGA